GAAUAUUUGGCGGAUAAACACAUCGAUUUGCGCCAUCACAGAAAGGGGAAGAGAAACUGCGAAUAAAACGCUCGUUACACUACACUUCAACAUUUGUCCAAUUUACGAGUGUUAUAAGGCAUUCCCGUGAUCGGCCAAGCGGUGACAAAUUCUUUUAUUCGCACUCUGCAUUGAUGAUGCCCACGAAGCACUCACCCAGGCGGAGCCCCAGGCUGGAAGCCUCGGGCGUUCCCGCAACAGCGACCACCACGGCCACAGCAACUGGCACCGCGACCAGCUCUGCGAGUGUGGCUGGUGAUCGACAGAGGCCACAGACUCCGAAGGAAAGUGGAACAGCCGCCAGGAAAGCGGCAAGUAACCUGCAGCCCGAAGCGACGGGGCAGAUUACGGAUCCCACAACUGUAGUGGCGGCCUUAAUGGAAAGGAUCGCACGUCUGGAGUCGGAGCUGGCGAAGGCAAGAGCAAGUGGAGGACAAGCAGAGGCCGCCAGAGAUCCCGUUGGAAUCGGGGCACGCGGCGUUGGAGUGAGCGGUGCAGCGAAUACACCGCCAUGUUCGAGUGGAACGCUGCCACUUCAUGGAGCAGCGCCACGGCAGAGUUUGAGCGAAAACCUGCCCAGGCAGAUGAGGGACAAUCUGCAAACGGAUCUCGGAGUGACGCCAUCGCUGCAGUUGCCGGCACAAGUGAGUACAAAUUUGCCGCCACAAUGGAGUGCGAAUUUGGCGCCGACGCUUGGCGGCCAUUGGGCAAACGGGCAACCUGUGUCGACAACAACAAUGCUGCGCUAUUCUCCGCCAUCUUGUGUGACCGCCGCAGCACAGCCGGUGCUAGGUUAUGUUCACCCAGAGGUACCUGCGCCAUCGCCCAUAUCAUAUGGAGCGCCGACGACAAGCAUACAAGGAUGGACGCCACGCAGACUACCUGAUCUUCCCUAUUUCGAGGGUCAGCCAGAGGAAUGGCCAAUAUUCCUGUGUGCGUUCACGGAGACAACUGCAGCCUACCAGUGCACCGAGUUGGAGAACAACCAGAGGCUAGUGAAAGCCCUGAAGGGAGAGGCUCGCGAAACAGUGAAGUCGUUGCUCAUCCAUCCCAGCAACGUACAAGCUGUUAUGGAGCAGCUACGAUUCCGGUAUGGACGCCCGGAGCAACUGAUCCGCAGCCAAUUGGAGAGCGUGCGCGAAGUGCAGCCGAUUCAGGAGGCCAACAUCGCGAGGAUCGUGCCGUUCGCGACGAAGGUUAGCAACCUGUCAGCGUUCCUGCAGUCGACCGCGACCGGCAGCCAGCACUUAGCCAACCCAACCCUAAUGGAGGAGCUGAUAGCCAAGUUGCCGCUAAGCAAGAGGUUGGAUUGGGCAAGGCACGCGGCCACGAUACAGCCGUAUCCGACGGUGGCGCACCUGAGCGAGUGGCUCCAUGAAUUCGCCAAACUGGUGUGCACUGUCACGGACGCCGGAGCCAGGGAACAACCGAAGCGAAGGAUUCUGCACGCGAAUAGUGUUCGCGAGGAGGAUCGAUAUGUCGACCGCCCCAGAUGCUGCCCUAUAUGCGAGGGACAGCACCAGGUCAGGGACUGCAAGGACUUCAUCAGCGCCUCUACAACGACACGGAUCGAGUCCGCGAGGAAGCGACGACUGUGCUUCUCGUGCCUGGAGCCCGGACACAUGUCCCGGUUCUGCAGGAAGAGCCGCGGAUGCAACGUCCUCGGAUGCCAGAUGAGGCAUCACCACCUGCUCCACGAAGUACCUGAACGAUCCAAACGGCCGCCAGUCGCAGAUGGGGGCCACAGGAGGGAUCAGGACCGACAGCCGUACAGAGACGGCAACAAUCGGAGAGGAGUGCCACGCCUGAACCUGAAAGGCGAGAGUCGACAGCUGAACGUGCAAUGGUUUGGUGGAAAAUCCGCCAAAGAGCACACGAAGGUGGUCAGCCUGCAGAUCAGCGCAGCGGGCAAACCAAAGCGCCAUGGGCUGAAAAAUGUGUACGGAGUGGCCAAUCUGAACCUUCCGAUGCCAAGCCUGCGUCAGGAGGAUGUACAAGCAGUGAAGGCGAACACACGUCUGCCGGUGAUGCCGUACAACAAUGCGACGCCGAGGAUCCUAAUUGGACUGGAUCAUGCGCACUUAGGAGUACCCUUCAGGACCAAAAGUUAUGGAUCUGGAGGGCCGUUUGCAGCAGACACCGCACUUGGAUGGGUGGUAUAUGGACCGGUGAACGGAAAGCCGAGCUCGCCGCUUCUGAAUUCGUGCCUCCUAGCCGUGCCCCAGGAUGAUCUUCUGGAGAAGAUGGUCAGCGACUACUUCGAGACCGAGAAUUUCGGAGCGAAGCCGGUGCAGCCAGCCGCAGCUGGCAGAGUGGACCUGGAGCCGUCAGUCGGAGAUAGCGGCGACGCACGGGCCCUGAGCACCCUGGAGAAGACGACCAAACGUGUAGGCCAGAGAUACGAGACCGGGCUGCUAUGGAAGGACGACGAAGUGAGAUUGCCGGAGAGCUACAGCAUGGCCCUCAGGAGGCUCGUCAACAUAGAGCGUAAAAUGAAGCGCGAUGUGGACUUCGCGUCGGCUUACAUCCGGAUAAUGGAUGAUUAUGUCAAGAAGGGAUACGCACGACGACUGGAGGCCCAGGAAGUCCAGAGGUUUCAGGAGGGCAAAGUGUGGUACCUGCCGCACUUCGGAGUGGAAAACCCGAACAAGCCUGGGAAAAUCCGGCUGGUUUUCGAUGCAGCUGCCAAGGUGGACGGUGUGUCCUUGAAUUCAGCGCUACUGAAAGGCCCACAGCGCUACAAGCCCCUCCCAGCAGUGCUCUUCCAUUUUCGGGAAGGAGCGGUUGGAGUUUGUGCAGACAUCAAGGAGAUGUUUCAUCAGGUACUGAUGCAGCCGAAGGACAGAUGCGCCCAGAGGUUUCUGUGGAGAGACGGAGACGACCAGCGAGAGCCGGACGUAUACGAGAUGGCAGUAAUGACGUUCGGAGCGGCCUGCUCACCAUGUUCGGCGGACUACGUGAAGACCGUGAAUGCCUUGCGGUAUAGCAGCACGGACCCGCGAGCAGCCCUGGCCAUCAACCAAUACCACUACGUGGAUGACUACGUCGACAGUUUCGCCAGCGAGGACGAAGCUAUCGCCAUCUCGACACGGGUGAGAGAAAUUCACGCUGAAGCUGGUUUUGAUUUUUGCCGAUUUACCUCCAGUUCGGCAAGUGUGGUCAAAGCGCUGAACCCACUUGAGCCCAUCGCCAGCGUCGGAUGGACCGAAGCUGAGGAGAAGGUGCUUGGGAUGUACUGGCAGCCGGCUACCGAUGAGUUCAAGUUCGGCGUCAAGUACCAUCGAGUCCCGAGGAACGUAAUGACGGGGGAACGAGUCCCUACCAAGAGGGAGUUCCUAAGCUUGGUGAUGUCUACGUUUGACCCGAUUGGAUUCCUGAGCUGCUACAUGGUGAUUGCCAAACUGCUGCUGAGAGAGAUUUGGCGGAGAGGAGUCAACUGGGACGAGUCGCUACCGGAUGAAUUGGCCGCAGCCUUCGAGGAUUGGCGGCAAGGGAUGAGUCGGAUCCAGGAGUUCCGAUGCCCGCGCCACUACUUUGGCGGCGGACGAGUGCGGACGCUACAGCUGCACAUCUUCGUGGACUCCAGUCAAUCGGCGUUCGCAGCAGCGGCCUACUGGCGGGCCACGUACGAGAACGGAGACGUGAAGGCGCACUUCAUAAGCUCCAAAACGAAAUGCGCCCCGAUGAGAACCAUGUCGAUCCCGCGUCUGGAACUCCAAGCAGCGGUAUUGGGCACGAGAUUGAUGGACACCGUCAAGCAGGAGCACGGUGUGGCGAUCAGCAGCUGUGCGCUAUGGACGGACUCCAAGACUGUGUUGCACUGGAUAAGCAACACCCACCGGAGAUACAAACAGUUCGUCGGAAACCGGGUGGCGGAGAUUUUGGAAUCGACAGAGGCGUCCAAGUGGAGAUGGAUCCCGUCCGCCGAAAACGUGGCUGAUGACGCAACAAGGCCGCGCAAGGCCGUGGACCUGAGCAUCGGUUCGCGAUGGCUAAACGGACCGCCGUUUUUACGAGGACCAGAGGAGAGCUGGCCGAGAUCGAGCGAGGACUGGAUUCCUCCGACGACCGAUGACGAGGAAAUGAAAUGUGAGUUUGCCUUGGUCACGGUAAACUUUAUACCCUUGCAGAGGUUCUCCAGCUAUAAUCGACUGGUGAGGACGACUGCGUGGGCGCUCAGAUUUGUUCGACGAUGCCGUGGAAUACGUCGCGAUGAAGAGGUCUAUGGAUUGACCGCGAUCGAGUGCGCUGAAGCAGAACGCGCAUUGAUACGGCAGUCGCAGCGAGAAGCGUUUGCUGAGGACAGCCAAGGAAACGCCGCCAAGGACAGCCGACUGCACGGACUGUCCCCAUACCUUGACGAGGACGGAGUAUUGAGAGCCAGUGGAAGGAUCGACGACGCGACGUGUGUGCCAUACAACGCACGUCGGCCGAUCAUACUGUCUCACGAGGAGGCGCUGGCAGAGCUGAUCGUGCAGCAACACCACGAAAGGAUGUGCCACCAAAACACGGAGGCGACGAUCGGAUCGAUUCGGAGCAAGUUCUGGAUAACGAACUUGCGGAGGCUGCUACGGAGGGUGGUGAGCAAAUGCAACGUUUGCAAGCUGCGGAAGGCACGACCCACACAGCCCGAGAUGGGCCCCUUACCUGCGGAUCGGCUAGAGGCCAACGGAUGGCCAUUUAAGUCUACUGGCCUGGACUACUUUGGGCCGCUCCUUGUGACAAUUGGACGUCGCACAGAGAAGAGGUGGGUGGCACUGUUUACGUGCCUGACCACGAGGGCUAUCCACUUGGAGAUGGCUCACGAUUUGUCGACCGACUCCUGCAUAAUCGCCAUGAGGAACUUCAUGAGCCGCCGUGGACCAGUGGUCAGGAUAAGGAGCGACAAUGGGAAGAACUUCGUUGGAGCCGACCGCGAGGCUAAGAGGUUCAGCGAAGUGUUCGAGCCUGCACAGAUCCAAGGCGAGCUGUCGUCUAAGGGAGUCGAAUGGAUCUUCAACUGCCCGGCGAACCCAGCUGAAGGCGGUGCCUGGGAGAGGAUGGUGCAGUGCGUGAAGAAGGUGCUGGCGCACACAAUGAAGGAGCUCGCGCCCAAGGAGCAUGUACUGCAGAACCUGCUGAUUGAGGCGGAGAGCAUCGUAAACUCUCGUCCGCUCACUCAUCUACCGGUGGACGAUCUCCCCAAGGAUGAUGGACAGGAGCCCGUGAGAUCCGCUACUAGGAAGCAGUGGCGCAUAGCAAGGAUGAUGCGCGAUCGCUUCUGGAAGCGCAGAGAGAAAUGGUGCAAGCGCGUCGAGCCCAUCCGUCGAGGAGACCUGGUAUUCAUCUGCGAUCCAGCCAUACCACGAAGGGAAUGGAAACGAGGCGUCGUGGAAGAGGUGUUCACCGGGAAGGAUGGAGUACCUCAUCCAGCAGCGGUGCGGACUACCGAUCGAGCCAAGACUAUGCGUCCCGCUUCGAAGCUAGCUGUCCUGGACGUGGUGAAUGCGGCUGCUUCACGGGGGUGGGGAUGUCGCGGAACGGAUUAG